GCCCUAUCUUCAUUAAAUUAAGAAAUGCCCCCACUCGUGUGGGUGGUGUGCGUGCUCUGUUUAUUUUUCCAUAAGAAAAUCCACUCAGCUGUCAGCAGAUGAUGGCUGGAGUGGGAAGGUUAUCGGGGUUGAUCAUAAAUCUCAAUCCAACAGCCACAACCAAGCUCAACCUCAACCUCACACCAUCUCCAAAUUUCGCAUGUCCCCCGCAAUCACUUCAUCUCCGUCACCGCACUUCACCCACUGGAAACCCUACAACUCUCACCUCCCAUGCCAGGUUAAGCGGUUCAGCGGGCGAAGCGCCAGAGGAGAUUGAUGAAUCUUUCUUUGAGGAUGAGGAUUUAAUUGAGAGUGAUGAAGAGGAUGAGACAGAGAGCAGUGCAGAUUUGUUAAUCGAAUUCCUUCAAAGCAUGUUUAAGAAGGCCUCAAAGCAUGCCAAGAAGGCCUCACGCUCUGUAUUACCGGCGGCAAUUUCCCCUCAGUUGGUGUCCUUUGCAGUUGAUGGGGUUCUUAUUUUGGCGUCCCUUUCGAUUAUUAAAGCACUUCUUGAGGUGUUUUGCACCCUUGGAGGUACUGUAUUUGUGGUAAUCCUACUCCUACGUGUGAUCUGGGCAACCGUUUCCUAUUUCCAAACAAGUGGGAAUGGUUUCAGCCAGGGCGGAACUUCCUUUGGUACAACACAACCAAUAACAUGAUUUCAUUAUUGUUUAGAGACCUCUCCAUUUUUUUUUUCUGUUUCCUCCUGUAAUUAAUUCUGGAACGCUUCAUCUUAGUAUUUUCUUCCAUUUUCUUUGUGAAA